UGAUUGAGUUAGGGACCUUAAAUUGACUAGUAUUCGACAUAAAUAAAAAAUAACGUACCAGAAUACAACACAACAUGAGUUGAUUGACACUCUACUAUAUUAUGUUCUUUUCACAAUCAUCCAGUUAAGGAGUUUGGACCAUUUCAGCCAUAAAUGCUCUACAACACUGAUGCCUCUUAUCUAAGCAGGACCGUAACAAUGGAAGAGGGCAAGGCAUUCUGUAAGGGUGGUGAAGGAUGGACAUGCACCAUCACCAAGACUGAUGCAUCUCAAGCUGGCAAGCCCUUCUCCAAAUGUGGUGGCAGUUGCACCUGUGUCACUGAUGCAUCUGUGAAUCAGGUCUUAAAUUUGGAACAAACUCUGGAGAGCUCCGCUGGCAAGGAAUUUUGUAAGUGUGGUGAAGGGUGGAAAUGUGUCAUCUCCAAGACCGAGGGACCAGAGGCAGGCAAUAACUUUUUUGAAUGCGGUGAAGGUUGCGUGUGUGUGAUUGAUGAGACAAAUUCAGUGAAGAUAGAAUGCUUGUGACAAGUGGAUCUUCAGAAAUGGAGAAUGCAGUUAACUAUAAUGGUUGCAAUAUUAUGUUGUCGGGUGGCCCUAGAGAGUAGUGUCAUGUGAGUAGGUUCCAGUGGAUGGUAGCUAUGCAAGUGAGUCUGUUAAAACAACUCUUUUCAUAAUGGAACCCAUACUAUCCAUAUACCUAUGCUGUUUAAAUAAAGAGCUAGUAGAAGCUCCUAUGAUGCAUGCAAUCGCAAUUGUUUCAGAUCAUAGGGUAGCAUUAGAGUUUUCUCACUCCGCAAAGAUCUACCUGAGCUCAAAAAAACUGCAACACGUGGAAACAUGGA